UCAGGACAUAACAAUGGAUAUUGGGAAGGUUUCCCGUAUUUUAAUUCAGGAUGAAACACUUAUCAAGAAUUGGGAGGAAUUUUAUUCCUGCCUGAAGUUUGUAGAUCCUGAUUUUAAUCAAUUGAAAAAUUCUUACUCAAACUCUACCCUCACAACGUUUACAUUAUUUAAUACAAUUUUGAAACGAUGGGUCUCAGCGAGGGGAGAGUGGGCCCGAUUAACUACUCUGAUUCAAAUCCUGAAACAGAACGAUUUCAUCAUGUCCGCAGAACUGCUUGAAUCCAAUUGUAUUCCAAUUACUACUGCCCCGAAGGACCCCGUCAAACCAUUCAUAUUUCAACUUGGCAAAUCAUCCCCCACUUUUACGGGACGACACAAACAACUCGCGGUGCUACAAUUGUUUAUGAAAUCGAAAACAACCGUGGCCAUUACGGGAUUGCCCGGGAUUGGAAAAACGUCUCUACUAACGAAAUUAGCAUGGACAGUUAUCGAACGAGAAGGAUACUCCUGUAUCUACCUUUUAGGCGAGAACUCUUCCACGAUUACCACCUCUAUCCAUAAAUUGGCAAAGUUAACAUCAACCCCAAUCCGUGAUGAGGGAAUGGAUGAAGUUAAAGAGUCAGCGGAAAUCCUCCUGUCCGUAUUAUCAAAUUUAUCAGCGAGUCAAAAAAUGCUCUUGGUGGUCGAUAAUGUUGACGAAAUGAACGAAAUUGUGGCCUCCAUACUUCGCGCACUGGUCCCCUACCCGGAAAAGUGUUUUGUUGUCGUCACAUCGAGAAAUGUUGCAGUGCUGUCUUGAAUUCGGGACGAGAUACGGUUAACCCCGCUGGAUGGGGGAGAUGCCGCUUGCCUGAUAAGGGGACUACUUCCGGACGAAAAGGCAGACAUGGUGAGAAAUUUGGCCACACUGAUGGAGAACUUUCCCUUAGCGAUUCAACAAGCUGGCGCCUACAUUAAGCAUGCAAGGAGGAUUAAAAAUGAAAAGUAUUCAAUUCAUAAUUAUAUGGCGGAAUUUCAAAUUCGUAAAAUGGAAAUGCUGCAACAACCGUUAUCACCGCUGGACUCCGAGGGGUAUCAAUUGACAUCCUUCACCGCGAUCAGGAUGACGGUUAGCAAAAUUGUAGACAAUGCUGACGGACAAGGUGGUAUGGCUGAAAUUGUGCUGAAACUAGCAUCCUAUUUAAAUCCUGAUAGGAUUAAUUUCAAAUUUAUUCAAUACCUUAUGCAGAAAAUUGGUAAGGAAUGCGUAAGGAAAAGAUGGUUUGGUACUGGUAGAAUCAAAAACUAUUUUGAAAGUAAUUUUAAAAAUUUUGGCGCCACUAGUUUCGACGACGCUGUAAAUGUACUUAAAUGCUUCGGUUUACUCAAUGUCAUAAAGGAAAAUGAGGAAUUGGUUGAGUUAAGUUAAGUUAAUAUGCAUCGUUUAGUGCAAGAAGUAACGCGGCAAAUAUUUAGAGAUGGUGAAGAGAGAUUUUUGAAAGCUUUAUUCACAAUUUUUAGCGAAAUAAAUGACCCUCGCAGUUUUUUAUGUUUUGAAAUUUGUUAUUUCCUUGAGGAAGGCUUAAAUUACACGAAGUGGAAAAAUGUUAUUGAGUUCUAUGUUUUUAGGAAGUUUGUAAGAUACACGGUUGGCGAAGGGGGUCGUAUUGUUGUUAAUAAGAUGCGAUCCUCCCCCCGCCACUAUGUAGCUAGGCACGAUCCUAAUGAGAUAUUCACGGAGCAAAGUGAGGAUGCGAUGGAUACGAUGAAAAAUCUUCAAAGAUGCCUCAAUAUGAUGUUAGGAGUGGUUAGCGAGAUUGGAGAAGAUUCUGCUGAUCAUAGUGCUAUACAGAUUGCCGGCGCAGUUGUUAGGCUGUCGGCGAUAUCACUUUUGCACGUCGCUAAGUAUUGAGGAUGGAUGUUGAGUUAUGGCAUAGAUACAGAUCACAGGGCAAAGGCAUGAUGUGUACAUAAUUCGCAGUUUGAUGCAUGUAAUUUAAAUUUCAUGGACAAAAUAUGCAGACCUGAAAGUAAUUUAUAAAUUUUUUUAGAAGAAUAUGUUUCAGCUUAUUUGUUGGUCCGAGCAAGAUAAUAUUAUCCAGCUCAAAAUGUGAGAUCCAUAAGUUUUCAUUGGGGUUCCUUUCCAGUUGUGUUUGGGCGUCUUUCUCUAUAAAUAUUAGAAUUGUGUCUGGGGAUGCAACGAGUACUCGGUUAGACUUGGUACUCGGUGAACUCGGCAUAUUUUUGGUGAGCUCGAACUCGGCCGAGCUUUUUUGGUACUCGGCCGAGUUUUACUAUUAUAAUUUUAUGGUAAAAUAUGUCAAAUUACACAGAUGGAAAUGUAGAACACUACUCUAGAUUUAGAUCUCUUACAAAAACGAGAGUACACAAAUAAUUAUUUCUAGUAUAAUCUUUUGGAUUUACGACAUUGUUCAUUAUGUAAUUUGUCAAUGAGUUAAAAUCAACUUUACAAUUGCCGUAUUUUCGGGUGAGAAUGACAAAUUACUCGGGUUUUCGAGCGCUCGAUGACCGAGUUUCAGCGAGUACUUGAACUCGGUCCAAAAUUUGGCCGAGUACUCGAACUCGACUCGGCUUGAAAAUUUAGGACUCGUUGCAUCUCUAAUUGUGGCGAUGAUUACGAGUAAUGGAUACAAGUACAUAUGUAUUCAGUUUGAGCGAAAUUCCUGUAAAUUGUAUAUAUUUUGUUUUCUUUCGAGGCAUAAUAUAAUAGAUUCAGCCAUAAAUUUACUUUUAUUUUACGUCCCACAAAACCACUCUGUAACAUCAUGAUAAAUUAGUUAAAUAAAAAAUGUUUAAAUCUGUUAAUUUGGAAUUUUAUAAAUCACGUUAAUUGGUGU